AUGAUAGAACCUCAAAUGACGGCUGAAGAAGCCCUCGAAGAAAUUACAAAAGGUUUUGAUAGAGAAAAGGCUGAAAAGAUGAAGGCCUUUUUUGAACCAUAUAUCCAUCGAAAGAAAUCAACUCCCACAUUCAAGACCGAACAAGAACUUAAGGCUCUAUACCAAAGUGUAGGAGGUGACAAUUGGAGUGAAGAAAACAAUACACAGAUGAUGAAUAAUUAA